CCUGUCUUAAGUGUUUUUGUGAAAUAAUUGGUUUGAUUGCUGCAGUCUGGCUCAGAUUUCUGACUUUUCCUCAGACUAUGGGAGUGCCUGUUCGUGCCAUGAAACGAGUCCAGUACAACAUUCAUCUCGAGAGAGUGAGCGGCUUUCCGUUGACCAGGAAUCUAAACAAUACAAUCUUUCCCAUUUUGUUUCUGAAUGAGUCUGUGGUGAUUGACGACGCUUCAGCGGCGAGGAUUCAGAAGCUGCUGCUAAACGUGACUCUGGUGUCUCGUUUCCCGCUCAUCCUCGUGGCAAUGGGAGUCAUUCUGUUGCUCGUCUCCAUCAUCCUCGCCAUUCGCUUUUAUCAGAACAAGGACACCCUAGCAACCGCCUUGCAACUACACAGAAAACCCUAGCAACACUUUGGCUAAACCCCAGGACCCCAUAUAAAAUGUUUAGCAGUGCCUUUGCUCUCAAACAGACCGCCCGAGCAACCUUUCAAAAAAGCCCCUUUCACACUGCGAUUCCGGAAAAUACACGGGUAAUGUGUCCCGGCAAUUGUUCCUUGUUCGCUAGAUUUAGCCCCUUUCACACUGCCAGUGAUUACUUGGAA